AUGUCCUCGUCCGACGAAGAAGACGUCGUUCGGCGACCUGCUCGGAGCGGUGCCGGUCAAGACUUGAGCAAUGCUGGAAGCGCGCCUGGAAGCCCUGCGGCUAGUCUCGAUGCUGGCAAUAUGAGCGGCAUUGACGAUGAUGAUGCAGACUUAUUCGGCUCAGACGGAUCUGAAGGAGGUUUCGGACAAGAUACAGACCAGCCCAAACGAUCUCUUGACGAUCGCGAGCUUGAUUCGGCCGAUGACGAGGAUCGAUACGACCGAGUCGGUGACCGCAUGGAGUAUGAGGAUGGAGGAGAAGGGGAGUUACGGGAAACAGUCAACAUCAUGGACUUGAACUUGGCCCGGGCUCCGGAGCCGAAGUCUUCUAAUGGCGAGGUAUACACAGUGCCGGUCCCCAAUUUUCUUUCAAUAGAGACAGAGGAGUUCAACCCAGAGACAUACGUUGCGCCCCCAUACUCCACUGCGGCGACGUCUCUGUGCUGGCGCUAUGACCCGAACAAUGAUAAUUUCCUUCAAUCCAACGCACGUAUCAUCCGCUGGGAGGAUGGAUCCAUGACACUGCAACUAGCGUCGGCUCCCAAAGAACAAUACAAAAUAACGACAAAACCUCUUGCUCCUCUUAACAACUCAGGCGACUACGAUACGAAGCUAGAUUCUCACGUGUAUCUCGGAGCAUAUUCCGAAACCUCGGGAAUCUUCAGACUGACUUCUCAUCUGACCCAUGGGCUCACCGUUUAUCCCACGACCAUGGAAACGGACGACGCUGUUCAGCGACUGCAGGAGUCCCUAGCUUCUGCAGCCCGCGGUGGCAAGAAGACGGUCGAUGGAUCAGCACCCGUUAUUGAAGUGAAGGAAGACCCCGAGCUUGCCAAGCGUCAAGCAGAGCUCGCGGAACGCGAGAAGUUGAAAGCAGCACGUCGCCGCGAACAACUUGCAGAUAGAGAGAUGGACCGUGGCCGCAGAUACGGCAUGUCUCACCGCACAGGGGGUGCUGGGCUCACCGUUGGGGGCUUGGAGGAUGAUGACGGCUUGCUCACAACAAGACCCCGUGCGAAGAAGCCGCGCCGCCCUAACCGUAGAGGUGAGAUUUACACCGAUGACGAGGAGGACUACGGUGGCCGUGGACGGACACGGGAAGAUGAAUACGAUGAAGACGAUGGUUUCCUCGUAGGCAGUGACGAAGAGCCGGAAAUUGUGGAUGAUGAUGAUGAUGAAGAUGUCUUGGAAGACGAAGACAUGGAUGCAGAAGGCGAAGACGACUUACCCCCUCCAAGGCCUAGGGAAAAGCGAGCAUCUCCUGAUACAAGACCUGCGGCAGGAUCUCCUCCGGCUAGGAAGAAGAACCGCUUCGUGGUGGAUGAUGAUGAUGAGGAGUAA